GGCGAUAAAGCCGUCACCAACAGCGACGCUGUUGAAUAGUGUCCACCACAGCCAUGACGUUGCGUUGUUCAGAGCAGUGGAGAUAAUAUUAUCACUGGAAAACAUCUUGCAGCUAAACGAGAGAGCCCGAGACAGAACAAAAAUGGCGGACGAUUUAGGACAACAAAAGAGAGGGAAGAGUGCAUUAAACCGUCAAACCUCAAGUAUGUCACGGACGUCUUGUCACUCACGUACCAGCUCUUGUGCGUCCAAAAAAGAUGUACCCUGUAUUUCGAAACAAAACUCUGCAAAACAGACAAAUGGCAAUAUCUCGCGAGAAUUGACGAGAACUGACACACAAGUCAAUAUCAAGGGUAUGGGUUCUAAAACGGCAACCCUGUAUCUAAGUCAGAGCCAUUCUAAAGUCAAGCUGCCCAGUUCCCCGGAGAGGCCACGCGGCAUCAUCCGGCAGAAGACAUCGUCUGACACGUCACAGCAGACGACAGGCACCAGGUCGAGGCAGACGACAUUUAUGUCUCAGGACAAUGGAUUUUCAGAACCAACAAAACUCAAGAGAGACCUUAAGCGGGAAUUUACCUUCACCGGAUAUGACAUCAUGGAGGACUGUGACCCCCCUGUACCUCUCCCCACGGACCCGGAAGAGAUCGAGAGGCACGGCUACGUGAACGUCUACAUAAACGCCUGCAAGUCUCUUGGAAUCACGCCGGUGACAUUUAUCGUCAACAGCCUCAUGGCGCCGAAACUAGUCAUGCGCAGUCGCUCGGUUGGCUCCAAGGCGGCUAGAGCUAUCUUCAUAGCUCUUGUGGGUAAUCAACGCAUCUGUGGCCUUGACCUCGAAGACAACUGGCUGGGCGCGGAGGGUGCCAGCGCGAUCGCAGAACUCCUUCCCCAAAAUAAUCUCAUUACAGAAAUAAAUAUAUCCGAGAACCGCAUAGGAGGCGAUGGGAUCCGAGCACUGGCCGAGGUCAUGCAAGAUAAUCAGACCGUCCGGAAACUCAACAUAUCAGGGAGUGAACUUCACGAUCACGAUGCUAAGUAUUUGGCGGAAAUAAUUGAGAAUAACGUGUGGCUGCGGGAGCUCCGGGCAAGUCAUAACAAAUUUGGAGAGGUUGGUGGUCUCUACCUGGGGCCCGCUAUAGCUAACAAUGACACUCUUGAGCUACUGGACCUCAGCUGGAACCAUCUUCGAAGACAGGGAGCACAAGCUGUUGCUGCGGGGUUAGAGGAUAAUGGCGGCUUGCUGAUGCUGGACCUGUCGUGGAACGGGUUGUCCCGGGCUGGGUGUCGCACGCUCGGCCUCUCCCUGGCGGAGAACUACACCCUCGAGCACCUGGACCUCACGUGCAACCGGGUGGACGCCAUAGCUGUGGGCAGCCUGCUGGAGGGACUCAGAUGGAACGAAUCCCUCAUCACACUCAGGCUGGGUCAAAACCCCAUCACCCCAGAUGUAGCUCUACUCAUCCUGAAGACAGUAGAGAAAGCUCCUAACAGCGUUCUGAGGGAGCUCGACCUGACGGACGUUGUGGUAGACGAGGAGUUUGUGACGUCGCUGAAGACGAUGCAACAAAAGCGUGUCCUCCGGGCUAGGACGGGGCCAAUUAUCAACAAAGGGGAGGGAAUUCUAACUCAGGACGCUGGGACUUUUCUCACAAACAACCCCAUGCAGGCGAUGUUCGACUUCAUGAACGAGCGGGGUUAUCGUGUCAUCGACCUGUUCAAGCGAUACGACACCGACAACAGCCACACCAUCUCCACCCAGGACUUCACCAAAGGACUUCUGAACGUGCACCUGCCUCUGACCGUUGGUCAGUUGGAGGAAUUGGUCAGCCAGCUGGACUCGGACAAAGACGGCAAGAUCGAACUCAGGGAUCUGACGGAAGCUGAGACGAAUCACAGACGGAAGAUGUUCCGCCGGAAACAGAAACUGGCAGUGAAAGAGAAGAGCAGCAACAAAAAAAGGACGAAAGCCAAGACUAGGAAGAAGCGGGGUCUUGAUGCCACCCCAGACUUUGAUAGUGUCUUAUCAUAAACAUUACUUCAUGCCAUCAAUAUUAUGUUCCUUGGUAUCUUUGUCAUGAGCGAAAAUGGUACUUCAAAGUUCCUGAUGGUCAGUUAUAUAUUACAUGUUGGAAGCUUGCUUUUUUUGUGCUUUUUUUUAACGCCGCACUCAGCAAUAUUCCAGCUACAUGAAGGCGGCCUGUAAAUAAUAAAGUCUGGACCAGACAAUCCAGUGAU